AUGGCUGUGCGGAGUCCACAGCAGAUUUCAGUACUGCUGCUUCUUCAUGUCCACAAGCCAGCAAUCAAUGCAGUAACCCAUUCUUUCAGGCGACAUUACACAGACUAUACAGCUAGAGUCGCAGAGACCAAAACAAGCAGCAACUUACAAAAGAUCCCGCAACCCUCGGGCCUCGAACGCCUUUCAACAUUAUGUCUAUGGCGGAACUUGAUCCUGGGUGCAGCUUUCACGUCACCGAUACUUUUCAAGAUUGGUUUUGGAGCUAUGGGAUAUAUCGCCAACUCUCGUUCGAGAUUCUUGAACCCGGAUUCCAAUCCUCUGUUACGAGCGAUCAUCAAGCCGUUGGUUUACGAUCAGUUCUGUGCUGGAACCAAUCAGUAUGAGAUUGGAGUUACGAGAAGCGAAAUACAGCGGAUGGGUUUCGCUGGAGUUAUUCUUUGCUAUGGGAAAGAAAUUCAAGUUUCGGGAGCGAGUAAUGAGAUUCAUUCUACUGGAGCUGGGAAUACCGAUCAGAGUGUUGAGAUUGACAUGUGGAAGAAAGGGAAUCUGGAAACUCUUGACAUGAUUGGAGAGGGCGAUUGGGUUGGGAUGAAACUCACUGGUGCAGGACCUGGCAUCGCAACUGCUCUGAUGAACAACGAGGAUCCACCCCAGCAAUUCGUCGAUGCCAUGGACGCAAUCUGUCACAAAGCCAGAGAUCAGAACUGCAGAAUCUGGGUGGAUGCCGAACAACAAGUCAUGCAAGCCGCAAUCGAUCGAUGGACCAUUGAUUUCAUGCGAAAGCACAACCGUAAUGGUAAAGCAUUGGUUUACAAUACGAACCAAGCCUACCUCAAAUCCUCGCGGGAAAAACUAAAGCAUCAACUUUCCUUGGCCGAUAAAGAAGGCUGGACAUUAGGCAUCAAACUCGUUCGAGGAGCCUACAUUGCGAAUGAUAAGAGGGAGUUGAUCCAUGACACUAAGCAAGAUACUGAUGAUUCAUAUAACGGCCUCGUGCGAGAUCUCCUCUCAGGCACGAAUCUCGGCUUCGAACCUCUGAAUUUCCCACGCAUGCAACUCUUCCUCGCAGGUCAUAAUCCCGAAAGUGUCGACCGUGCAUGGGAACUAGUCCAACAGCUCUCCGCGACGGGACAAUUGAAAGUCCUGCCGGAUUUCGGACAACUGCAGGGUAUGGCUGAUGAAUUGGGCUGUAAAAUCGUUCAGCGAUGUGAAGACGUUACGAAGGAGAAUGCCGCAGCUGGAGUUAAGGGAGUUGUACCGGCUGUGUACAAGUGUUUGACGUGGGGGAGUCUGCAGGAGUGUAUGCAGUAUCUGAUUCGAAGGGCGGUGGAGAAUAGUGGUGGAGUUGAGAGGAUGAAGGAUGGGAUGGCUGCGAAUUGGAGGGAGUUGAAGAGGAGGAGUAUGGUGAGAUUGGGUGGCCGGUCGGUUUGA